UUUAUUAUUCAUAUGUUGCUUGUCCAAGUAUUACAAAAUAUAUUCAAAACGUUUUGAAUAAGCUCUUCCCAGAAUGAUGCAAAACCAGUAUUAUUCCUCUGAAUAAUCUCCGCAGAAAGGAAUUAUUCUAUUGUUACAGUGAGAGUAAAGGUUUUAAGUUGCCACUUCUUGCCACAAGGUGGCUUUAGAGCGAAAAUUUGGGAGACGGGAAACCGUUGACGGUUGGACUAACAAGAAGUAACCAGCACUGUGUAUCUGAAAUAAAGGAAUAUUCCUCUAGCUUCGUAGCAAACUCUUCAGUAAUCAUUCUGCAUUAUAGUUUUGUCCUCAACCGUCCAUCCACGCAGCUUUAUUGGUAAACAAACUCUGGAUCACGUUCGGUGUGCCUAAUUGAAAAAGAAACGUGCAAAUCAACGCAUCAAAUCUUAAUUAAAGAAUUCUAUGCGAUGGCCGCGGGAUUUACGAAUAUUUUUGCCUUUGUCGCCAGGAUAAAACUCGGAACACUCGUGUCCAGAUAAACCCCGGUUUCGCCACAAUUCCCCAUAGCAGCGAACCGCAACGCCUAAUCAAGAACCCACGAGGUUUAGCGUUGCUCUUUUAAAAACAACCAGCCAGCGCUGGAACCUUUUCCUUUGCAACCUUCCUCAUUGGCCAAAGGCCGGGAAUAGGAGCGCGCAAAGAGGCGCGCGCUGGAGAUUCACUGGGGUUGGCGGAAACACGAUUCAAGCACGGCGGGUACGGCCGGGUGUUCUGAUUGGUCGGAACGCAAAGGGGCGAUAUAAAAAUCGCGCGUCCCGAACAGGCUUGCAUUUGGCGGCGGCGGCGGCGGCGGCAUGCAGGCGGGUGUCUCAGUGUGGCGAUGUUGUGAUUUUAUUCUCGCUAAUUUAAGAAACGAGAAACGCCUCCGAGUUUCGCGCGUGUGUCUGAGCAACGUAUAUUUUAAGGGAAGGCUUCCUUCGCCUCUUCGUUGAAGUGGGUGUCCGCUGAUUCCCUGUAAGUUGUCUGCAGUAAGGCGGCAUGGAGUGCAAGCUGGAAGCUCACCGUAUCGUCAGCAUCUCACUAGGCAAGAUGUACAGCGCGCGAGGUCAACGGGGCGGCGUGAAAUUGCACAAAAAUCUUCUCGUGUCGCUGGUCCUGCGCAGCGCCCGACAAGCCUACCUGAGUGAACUCGAUUGCUCACCUUCGCCUCCUCUCGCUGCUGCUGCUUCUUCCUCGCCAGCAGCCGCUGCGCUGAAUCCCCUCCGAGAUGGUGGGGAAGAAGGAGGGCGCCCGCCGCUGCCCUUCUCUCCUCCUCGCGCCUUUCUGUCGCCGGCGCGGGCGAUCUUCCCGUCUGAUCCCCGGACUUCUGCGUGGUGCCGGAAGCUCCCGUCGUCUGCGAGGGAAGUUCCGCGGUUGCCACGCUGUUGCAGCUGCUGUUGCUCCUCUUUCGUGAGCGAAGCUGGCAAAUGGCCGGCCGAGGCUCCUCCUGCGCUCUACUGCUCCCGAAAGCGGAACGCUGCUGUGCAGCCAGAUGGCGGGACGGAGGAAACGUCUCCGGGGAGCUCUCCGCUGAAAAAGGUCCGCAGGGAGGAAGAGGAAGACAUGGAGACGGGCAAUGUGGCCAGUCUCAUCAGCAUCUUCGGCUCCAGUUUCUCGGGACUACUCAGCAAAAAGUCCUGCGGGGGCGAGAGGGAGGGCAGCAAUCAACGAGGAAGGCGGCAAGAGAAGGAGGACGCAGGAGCGGGUAAGGCAGAGGCCGGACAAAUCUGUUGCGAUGGAUCGGUGCUGCGGAACCUCAACCCUUGGAGUACGGCUAUUGUGGCUUUCUGAACGUAUACCUUCCUCCCCCACUGAUCCCGGUGACACAAUGUGGGGCAGCUUUGGUUCAGACACUGAGGGAGUAGGCGCUUGGGGCCCGUCCAGGUGCUGUCCUCCUCAAGGGUUGUGCGUGAUGAUGGGACUGGAGCAAACCCCCAGCUGCCCUUCACACUUCUUUUCUGGACGCCCUUGGUGGCCAGUGUCUCAUUCUGCAUGAAAGUAUUUCAGCUUGUUUCCACCUGCUCAGAAGUUUCCUUUCUCUCUCCACUACCUGCAAACUUUUGGAAAGAUUAGAGUAGACCUCUUGUUAUCCUACCAUGCAGAGCAUGUUCUGUGAGUUGCAAAAAUCUUCAAAUGACAUUUAGGACCAAAAGGGGGGGGGGAGAGUUUUCUUAUCCUGCUAGGCUGUGUUGAUGAUGAGUGUUGCUGAGGUGUGUUAACAAAUCAAUGGUUUGGAGUUCUCUGGGACAUUUUGUUGCUCCUGGUCUUUGUUAUAUAAAGGCCCUUGAAGGAAAGUGGGUCUUAAUGGAUGUUUUGUACAGUAAGCUCUUUCUCUGGUUGUGUUUUGUAUGAAAAUGUAACUGCGUGUGUGACACGUAUUAAAAUAUUUUGACAUUGUUACAUUA